GGUCAUAAUACCGUGGUGGACGUCCUCCUGGCGGGGGGAGCCGACGUCAAUGCCAGAAGCAACUCAGGCCGAACGGCGAUGCACUUGGCAGCCUGGAAUGGGCAAUGGGGGGCGCUGGAAGCUCUUGCGGCGGGCGGGGCCGACGUGGACCCCGUCGAUGAUGACGGCGACACGCCUCUCCACGACGCAGCUUCAAAAGGGCACCUUCUCGCGGUGGGCGUCCUGACUGGCCUCGGGGCAUCCACCAGCAAAAAGAAUAAGGACGGGAAGACUCCGCAGGAUCUGUUGGGGAAUCUUUCCGCUGAUAAACUCUUCCCCAUGGCAGAGAAAUGUGCUGCGAUUGCAGCCGAGAAGGAAAGGAGGAAGAUGCAGAAGAAACUCGAGGAGCAGGGGAAGGAGAUGAAAAAGAAGUACGACUUGAAGGUGGCGGAGGCAGCCACCCUGCAGAAGGAAAUCGACAAGUUGAAGAAGGACCUUCAGGAAAAGGAAGAGGAAAGCAAGGAGAAACUCGAGGAGAAGGCGAAGGAGAUGAAGAAAGAAAUCAAAAAGGUAGAGACCGAGUACGAGGCCAAACUGCGGGACUCGAACAUGGCCUUCAACAUCAAAGACGACGAGGCAGCCGACCUGAAGAGGGAGAACAGAGAACUGAUGCAAGAGAUUGGAAGAAAGGAAGAAGAGAUCACAUCUCAAAAGGAGCAGGUGAAGCAAGCGCAACUGCAUCAGCGAAGGUGUGAGACUGAGGCGAGGGAGCAUGAGGCCGAGAAGGAAGGUCUCAACGAGCAAAUCGCAGAUCUUCAGGAAUACAUUGCAACUUUACAGGCAGAGCACAAUGAAAAAGUGAAAAGUCUCAAAAGCAGGGAGAAGAGGAAGGAGAAAGAGGCAGCCAAAGCGAGAGGCGAGCUUGAGAAGAAGCUCAGUAGACGAGACAAGACGAUCGAGGCCCUCAAGAAAAAGCUCAGUGAUCAAGAAGAGGAAAGAGAACUGGACUCGCAACUCGAAGAGGAAGACAGCGAGUUAAAGCGAAUGAAAAGGCAGUUAAGAGAGCAAGAAAAUACGAUGAAGGGCCUUCUUUCUGCGGUGGAAGAUCUUCGUCUGAGAGAAAUGGAGCCGCCACGUGAGCCUCAGCCGACGGCCGCCGUCCAGCCCUCGGCCUCAGGCAGGAGGAGGAGGGCCCGGGGAGCAGCUGGCAGCGACGAGACUCCGCCAGCAGCUGCCACGGACGGGGCUAGGGGAGCGGCAGGCGGGAGAGACAAGCCUCAGCAAGCAGCUGGCAGCAGAGGCAAGGCUAGGAAAGCACCAGAGAGCGACGAGCCUGUGCAAACCGCAGGCAGGGCUCAGCGUCCGGAAGCAGCAGGCAGGAGGGAAGGGGCAGGGCGAAGGGCAGACAGGAGGGCCAAGUCUAAGGGGGUAGCCGACAGGGACGAGUUGCCGCAAGAAGACGGCAGGGACGAGUUGCCGCAAGAAGACGACAGGGACGAGUUGCCGCAAGAAGACGACAGGGACGAGUUGCCGCAAGAAGACGACAGCGACGACCCGCAAGAAGAUGACAUCGACGAGUCGCCACAAGAAGACGACAGCGAAGAGUCAGUGUGAUUUCAUCCAGCUUUGUAAAGAUCGUGUGUAAAAUAGCUAAUAAAUGUGUAGGGUAUA